CCGGGCGGGCCGGGUGCGCGCCGGCCCCGCUCCUGUCACCGCCUGCGUCAGAGCCCGGAGUUUUCCACUGACGAAAAAGGGCAGCGCGGCGCGGCGCGGCGUCAGCCCCGGCCCCGGCAGCGGCAGUAGCGGGAGGCGCCGCGCACAGGCACCGCCGCUGCAGCCGGACUCCGAGAACCCGCCGCCGGAGUUGUAUGAAAAAUACGGCGUCACCAUGAGCGGAGUAUUGAAAAGGAAGUACGAAGAGCUGGGGGAUGACAGUACCUACUGCUCCUCCUCCUCCUGCUCCCCCCUCUCCUCCUCAGCGUCUUCGGGCUGGGAGUCGGACGAGGAGAGCUCCCGCGGAGAGCCCAAGCCCAGCUCUGCCUUAACGCCCAGCUUCACCCCCACGUCUAUCUUGAAGAAAUCCAAGCGACUAAAGAAGAACAAUGUGGAGUUUGACCGGGUCACUGUGUUUUACUUCCCACGCUGCCAGGGGUUCACGAGCGUGCCUAGUCGUGGGGGCUGUACCCUGGGGAUGGUGAGCAAACACAGCUCCUCCCGGCAGUUCACACUAGCGGAGUUUUCAAAGGAGCAGGAAAACGUUCGUCGGGAGAAACUCGAAGAGAAAUUAAAAGAGGAGAAGUUGGAAGCGUUGAAGUGGAAACUAACCAUGAACGGCACGAAGGAGUCGGAGGAGGCCAACCAGCUCACCAUCGAAGACAUCUCCGAUGAUGACAUUGACGUCAGCAACGUGGACCUGGAGGACGGCUUCUUCCUCCAGCCCUACCCCGCCAAGAAGAGACGCGCGCUGCUGAAAGCCGUGGGGGUGAAGAAGAUCGACAAGGAAGAGAAGCGGGAGCUGCACAACAUCCGCCUGUCCCGGGAGGACUGCGGCUGCGACUGCCGGGAGGUCUGCGACCCGGAGACCUGCAGCUGCAGCUUGGCAGGCAUUAAAUGUCAGAUGGAUCACACCUCCUUCCCCUGCGGCUGCACCAAGGACGGCUGCGGCAACACCGAGGGCAGGAUCGAGUUCAACCAGGCCCGCGUGCAGACCCACUUCAUCCACACCAUCAUGAAGCUGGAGCUGGAGAAGCAGCAGCAGAGCAGCGAGAAGGUGGCGGAGGCCGAGCCCCCUUUUCGGGAGCGGCUCCCGCCCUUGGGAUGUGCGACGGGUAAGGGCUCCUUGGAGGAGCGUGCGGUGCCGCUGGCACCCGCCUUCCAGUUCAGCCCGGACCUGGAGGCUCUGGGGGAGAACAGCUGCAGCAGCGACAUGACGGACUCCUCCAUCUCCUCCCACCCCAGCGAGGACCUGGAGGAGCCCUACGAGAGCCUCCCCUCCGACAAAUCCCAGUCGGACGUGGACGACGACGGCUUGGCGCGCAUCCUCCACUUCAACGACUCGGAUGCUGAGGAAGAGGGUGGCCGUGGCCAGGAUGACCUAAGCUGCUUCCAUGCCGCCGACUUCUUCAUCGAGGACCACAGCGGCGAGGCCAAGCCUGUCCCCGGCCACUUGUCCCACCUCUCCGAGUGCCUGGACGAGAACGCCAACCAGGACGGCGGGGGUUUGCUGGAGGAUGCUGCCCACGCGCGGUGCGAUGGGCUGUCGUGCUGCGCCUCAUCCCCGGCUGAGCCCUGCUCCAAGAGCUACGCCGACCUCAGCCUUUCCUCUGACUCCUUGGAUUUCUUCCAGUCCUUCUCGGACUAUAACUUGGGACCCCUUUACAACUCCUUAAAGGAGUAUGAGAACCUCGAUAACUUCUCAGCGUUACAGUUUCAGUUGCCUAAUUUCCCCAGCUUCCCGCAAGCCGGAGAUCAGGGCUCCUGUUUCUUGGAGUCCCUCAUCGGCUUGUCCGAAUCCGUCCCUGAAACCCCGGCCCCUUUCACAGACAAUCAACUUUUGGAGGAUGCCAUCAAGUCGUCGUUGAUGGAGACGGUGAAAGUGUGAAAUGCCCGUGUGGCUUGGGCGGCAAGGACCGGUGCCAAAAGGAAAACCGAAGCAGUCUGAUGGGCAAACUUUCACAGAAAGGAUGAUGCGCUACUCAAAAAUAAGGAGGAAAAAACAACAAAAAAAAGACUUUCUAAGCAAACAAACUAUUUUUGGUCUUUAUAGAACGUGGACGUUUUGACAUACUGCAGCUACAAUCAGUUCUCUCGCUGUUUGUGCAAAAAUUUCUAAACUUUCAUGAUGGGGUGGGGUGGGGAGGGAGGGAAAAAGACUUUCACGUAUUAAUUUCCUUGUGUUUUGUAUGAAAAGACCUGUUGAGAAAUGCUCCUCGCUAACGUUGCCAGUCGUACGUACAGCCCCUUCUAGAAAUGUUUCAGUGUUGCAGGAACUUUUUAAGACAACUUUUUGAAGCUGUAUUUAUUGUGAAAAUUUGUGGUUUGCGUAAGAGUUAGCCCAACACACUCUUAUGUUUAAAUCAGACAAGGUUUACAGAAGAGAUCCGUACACUAUAUACAUAAUCAUUCUUCAUCUAUUUAUUGCAAAUUCCAGAAUUUAACUAGCCACCGAAGCUUGAACUAGCAUGAAACCUUAUUUAAAUUGGUAAUACCUCAGAUGUAUUAUGUGUACAAUCAUAUUUUUUUGCAUAAUAUAUCUGUAUUUAUUUAUUUUCUACCUGUAGUACAUGAAUAGCACUGUGGUUUAUCAAUGACCUGGAAGGGCAAUAAGGUCUUCAGCAGCACCCAUCCUUAAAGACGACCCUGUUUUUUCUGAGUCUGAAGGAUGUUGGCUGUUUGGUCCUCAUUUCACAUUUCUAAAAGAGCCGAACGCAAGCGGGUGGGAGGGGGGACACGGGGGAAACAUUUGUGCAACGUCCUUUGGCUUCUAUCAGCCCUCUAAUAGACAGGAUGAUGGUGUCUGAUCUCCAUAAUAUCGCUAUGGAGAGCAAAACAAGCAAAACCUUUAACUAUUCAAGAAAUAACAUGAACUAGCUGUAUUUAAGCAAAAAAAACCCCAAAACCCUUUUCAUAAAUUAUUUUAUAAUUUAUUUAAUUUCCUUAGGAUUUGGCCAUGAGAUCUUUCCCGAUCAGUUAUGGUGCCUGAAUAUGCAGAGGAACUGUUAGCAGCGGUGGGGGGAUGUAACGAGAAGGACCUUUGCAGCCCUGGGGAGGCUUUGGGAGAGCAAAGCUGCAGCAGCAACACUGAGCUCAUGCUCCUCAGCAAGUGCUCCUCAGGACUCCCCAACGUCGAGGGUAUCGCAGCUCCAAAAUCUAGUGGGUCAGACUGUUUAUACUAUUAUUUUUUUUUAUAUAGGUAAAUUGGUAAAUCAAGUGAAAUGGAUGGAUAUGAAGGUUAUUGGGUUAUUUAUCCUUUGAAUACGGUUUUAGAGGGAAGAAAAAGUAAUGCCUGAAAAUAAAGCUGAAAAACUUGAAGGCUUUUGUUUCAUAAAAUGAGAGAAAUCGUCAUGUUUAGGAAGGAUAUUGGAGGCCCUCCUGGCCUUUUGCUAUUUAAAUCAGUCUGAGAACAUGACACUAUUUGGCCACGAGAUGUAACUGGACAUAAAAUCUGUACGUCAGUGAUACACUAAGUGCCUAUGCCAGCGGUAUGGAAAAGAAAAAACAACUGGCUUUAAAACCUACUGGCUUUAAAUCCCCCCUUGGAAAACAUGGGAUUUGGUGAUGGGAGCAAUUCCUGGCAUUACCGGCACCGGGGGGAGGCGGCAGCUCGGGCAUCCCAGCCCCACCGCCCUGGGAGCGGGGUGCUGGUGGGAGCUCCUGGGGUGUGCGCAGACACCUAGAUGGGGGAAAAAAAAAAUAAAAAAAAUCCAGAUUUGCGGAUUUUUUCCAUUGGCUGAACUGUUUAUAUCCCCAACAACAGGAAUGGUGCUCUUGGGUACCUGGAAUUCAACAGGCACCUCAUGCCAACCUGCCAGCAAUUUAGGAAACUUCUGGCGUACGAAUAUGGCAAAGGCUGGGUUGUUUGUGGUUUUGUGUGUUUUUUUUUUUUUUUUUUAAAUCAUUGUUAUUACUAUUUAAUUGUACAUCUUCCCUGGUAUUGAGCCGGUCAACUUGGAAGCGGAGCUGACCUGCCGCGGCCGUGAGUGGGUGCUCGCCCCACGCUCGCUGCCGCAUCCUCCUGCAAAGCAUCGCCCCCGGGGACCUCCCCGCCGGGCAGGAGGGCGACUGUAGGAAUACUACUGGCAGAUGGAGGAUUUCCUGGACAUAUAUAUAUAUAUAUAUAUAUAUAUAUUAUUACUAUUUUUUUGUUGUUGUCGUCAUUUCUUUAGGCUGAAAAAUCCCCUUCAGUUAUCUCCUAGGUGGUAGUUUCUAUCCUUCAGACUGCAUCAAAAAUACUGACAGUUGAAAGUCUGGUACCAUUCUGUAUUUAUUGGCACUAAUAUAUUUUAUAACAUUCCUAGGUUUCUCUGCAUAUAUAUAUUUAUAUAUAUAAAAUAUAUGCAUAUAUUUUAUAUAUAUAUAUAUAUACACACACUUUUUUUUUUAAAGAAUGACGGGGAUAGACUCUUGCCUUUGUGGAUUUUUUCUAUAAUUUAUUCUUUUUAUUUGUUUUGGUGCCAAAAAAAAAAAAAAAAGAUUUUUUUAUCUUUUUUUUUUUUUCAGGGCACUGAAUUGUAAAUAUAUAAUUUUUUUUCUUCUCGGUAUCUGUGUAAAAAGUUGCCUGUUAAACAGUUUAAAAACUGGGUAUUUAUUGACACAAUCUGUAAUUAUCUAAUGUAUUGAUUGAAACGCUUUGGUUUCAACAUAGCUUUAUUUUAGCUUUCUUUGUGUAUAUAUUGUGAUUAUGUUGCUUAAAGGUACAAGUUAAAAAAAAUGCUUUAUUUUUACCUUAUCCAUUUGCAUUUGUUUAUAAAAAAGCAUAUUUGUCUACAGCUGCUGUCUCUCAUUUCAUCAAAGCAAUAUGAAGAAAUUUCCAUUACACUUUCAAUAAAAGAAUUUUGUU